AUGCUGCCCCCCAGGCCCGCAGUCCUGUUGGUCCUGCUCCUGAUACCCGGCUCCCCGGGCCAGAGGGCACGGAGGCCCCCUCGGCCGCCAUCCCCCAUCAGCACCAUCCAGGCCAAGGCCAGCUUCGAUGCCCAGCAGUUUGCAGGAACAUGGCUCCUGGUGGCUGUGGCCUCCGCCUGCCGUUUUCUGCAGGAGCAGAGCCACCAUGCAGAGGCCACAGCACUGCAUGUGGCUCCCCAGGGCACAGCCAUGGCUGUCAGUACUUUCCGCAAGUUGGAUGGCAUCUGUUGGGAAGUGAGGCAGCUCUACGGAGACACAGGGGUCCCCGGGCGCUUCCUGCUCCAAGCCCGAGGUGCACGGGGUGCUGUGGAUGCUGUCAUCGGGGAGACAGACUAUCGGGACUUCGCCAUCCUGUACCUAGAGCGGGCACGGCGGCUCUCAGUGAAGCUGUAUGUUCGCUCUGUCCCCGUGACUGACGCGGCUGUGAGUGCGUUUGAGCAGCGUGUCCAUGGCGCCAACAUGACAGACGACAACAUCAUUUACUUCCCCAAAUACGGUUUCUGCGAGUCAGCGGACCAGUUCCACCUCCUGGAUGACCUGGGCUGA